AUGUUCAAGAAGGACUUCACAGCCGGCAGCAAGACCAAGGUCAAGUCUUCCGCCCAACGAGCCAUUCGCGCCAAGGUCGUCGAAACAUAUCCACGCCUUGAACCACAUAUCGAUGAGAUAUUACCCAAGAAAGAACAACUCGACCUUGUAAAGCUACCCGACCGAGUCUCACUCUACAGUCUCGGUAAUGAAGGACUGUUCUGGCAACAUAUGAACGAUCCCAUCAUACCACAUCUCAAAGUAAUCCAUCGCUAUCCAUGGGCCUUUCAACGACUACGGAUAGACAGAGGAGCCAUCCGAUUCGUCCUCAGUGGUGCGACGCUCAUGGUGCCUGGUCUCACAUCACCUGGUGGCAGAUUACCGGGCACUGCUGAGGACAGCGAGGUCUAUGGCAAUGGUGGGACGGAUAUCGCGGCAGGAGAGGUGGUCGUGGUUGAGGCGGAGGGCAAGGAGAAUGCGUGUAUGGUCGGUGUGCUGAAGAUGGGCACAAAAGAGAUGAAGGAGAAGAAGAAGGGGCCGGGAAUUGAAAAUGGGCAUUAUGUUGGAGAUGGGCUGUGGAAGCUUGAUUUGAGUUGA